CAGAAGCAGUACGUGAAGCAAGCUCCGUUCCACACUCAGAAAUCGAAGCCGAUUGAGUAUACAUCCGGGCAUUUCUCGCAUACACAAAAUUCGCAUACUGUACAGUGUGAACGCACUGCCUACUCAAUUCAGAGGCGGGGUUAGUAGGAGUAGUAGGAGUAGUAUGCCAUUUCGGACACAGCCCCUAUCUUCUGGUUGGCUGGUUCAGGAGAGCUCCACCUCUUCCGGGGGAAUGUUGAUGAACGCCGCUCUGACCGGUUAAAGAGGAACACCACCGAGACGGAAGCAAAAAUGAUCAAUUGGAAGGUAAAGUCGACUUUAACUUGCUUUAAUUUAAACAUUCUUACCCCUCUGCGAAAGUCGGUGACACCAAUACCGAUCUUUAGUCAGCCGGUUUUGGCAGAAAGCUAAUGUUGCAACAGGACGGUGUGCCCUUCGUUACCUCCGCGAUUCAGCCGGCUGCACCGUGUGUGCGCAUGUGUGUUAUUUGUAUCCGAAAUAAUAAUAUUCAGAUCAAAAGGAUUUCUUUUUUUGUGAUAUUAAUGUUUGAAAUGUUAGCUGAGUAUCAGAGGCUUUGAGGCGUUCAGGGAAACUCUGACAACUUUCAAGCUGGCUCAAAAACCUCGGAAGAAAUUGUCGGUGUUAAGAUGAAGUUGGUGCACAUGGCUGCAGCUGUUCCUCCAUUUCAACCUGAGUGUAACUUUAACACUCCACACUAACCCAUCCCCCCAACCCCCAAAAAGGCCACCACCCUCAUCACACCCGGAUACAUGACUCUCAGUCCUCUUCGGACAGUUUAGGGCAGUGACUGCUGCAGAGCUUCCUCUCCCCUCAUCCAUGUCAUUCCACAGAGAUCUUUCUUUUGUCCUCAGGCUCUGGACAAUGUCCCCAUCCUGCUCUACAUCCUGGCCCUGAAGACACUUCUGCUGUGUCUGGCCUUCGCUGGCGUGAAAAUCUACCAGAGCAAGAAAGCCGAGGAGGCGUUGAAGAAACAGCAGGAUGAGAGAAGGAGACUUAUCCAGAGAACACAGAAGCUGUUAGAUGGCAAGAAGGAUGACUAAGAUGGAGACACUUAGGGACAGAUAUCACAUGGUGAGUCAUUCAAGGACACACAGAGAUGGUAAUAAAUGAACUUUUACUUGUGACUGAGUCUGUGGACUGAAAGCUGAAAGUUUGCAUUCUGGCUUACUAGAUUCUUAGUCAAGAUUCUGAGUUCACCAUUGAGCUUUUAGCUUUAGGUAUGGUUUUGGUUUUACGUUUUAGUUCAAGGUUUAGACUGUAGGUUCAGUGUUGAAGUUUUGGGUUCAGGAUCAAGGUGAGGGUUCUGGUUAUAGAAUUUAGGUACUGGGUUCAGGGUUGGGGUUAAGGUUUAGUGUUUUUUGGUUGACGUUUUGGGCAAAGGGUUUAGGGUCUAGGUUUCGAGGUUUUGUUGAAGUUUUGGGUUAAGGAUUUUUAAUUCUGGCUUCUGGGUGUAGAGUUUAGUAUUUAGUUCUGGGUUCAGGGUUAUGGGUAAGGUUGCGGGUUCUAGGUAAUAAAACUGACUUGUCACAGAGUGAACACUUAGGGGACGCUGGUUGAGGUGGAAAAAAUCACAAUGUAAUGAUUUUAAAGACAGAUGAUCAGAAAGCCUUGAAAGAAGUUCUUCCAUUUUCAUUUUUUAAAUUGAUAUUAAUGUUAAUGUAUUUUUUUUCCUCUUUAGGACACCUGAGACUGUCUAUGAAGAAGCUCUGGACUAUUUGCUUUCAGGUUUUUAUGUUCAUACAUUUUUAUGCAUGUGUGUGUGUGUGUGUGUGUGUGUGUGUGUAUAUAUAUAUACAUACUUGCUUGUGUGUUAAUAUCUCUAUGUAACCAUAUUCAAACAUGUUGAACCUGUAAGGUUCAUGUCUUUUAUCUUCAGUAUGAAUCUGGUCUGUCAGUAUCUGAUAUGUCGGUUGUUUUAUAGAGCCUCUUGAAAAGAUUUAUAAAAGCUGUAUAUGAAGCACCGUCAUUUUUUAAUUAUGUUGAACUUUCUCAUGUUUCCGAAGUUUCUCUCUAUAUAAACAAGUACCCUUUUCUUUCUGUGUGUCUUUGAUCUUUGGCUGAAAAUCUGUCAGCUUCUUCUUGCUCUGAUAGGAGAAAUUCUGACACUUUCUGUGCACACAGUGUUUAUUUAUUCUGAUUGUUUGAAAACUGUGUGUCAGAUUUUUGAAUUUAUAAUAAACUAUUCACAAUGUUUAA